CCAUGCUGCUACCUGGGCUGCUGUUGCUGCUGCUGCUGCUGCUAGCUGGCACCCGCUGGGUGUGGGGUCAGUGGAAGCUCUGGAAACUCCGCCUCCCACCUCUGGCCCCGGGGUUUCUGCACUUUCUACAGCCCAACCUUCCUAUCCACCUGUUUGGCCUGGCUCAGAAACUUGGGCCCAUCUACAGGAUCCGCUUGGGGCUACAAGAUGUGGUGGUGUUGAACUCUAACAAAACCAUUGAGGAGGCCUUCAUCCAAAAGUGGGUGGACUUUGCUGGCCGACCCCAGAUACUAGCUGGAAAGAUGGACUUUGACCUCUCCAUGGGGGAUUAUUCUCUAACAUGGAAGGCUCACAAGAAACUCUCUCGUUCGGCCCUGGUGCUGGGCAUGAGAGACUCCAUGGAACCUCUGGUAGAGCAGCUGACCCAGGAAUUCUGUGAGCGCAUGAGAGCCCAGGCCGGUGCCUCUGUGGCCAUCCAUAAGGAAUUCUCCUUACUCACCUGCAGUAUCAUCAGCUGUCUCACUUUCGGAGACAAGCAGGACAGCACUUUGCUGAAUGCCACUCACAACUGUGUCCAGGACUUGCUGGAAGCCUGGAAUCACUGGUCCAUCCAAAUCUUGGAAAUAAUUCCCUUUCUCAGGUUCUUCCCCAAUCCAGGCCUCUGGAAACUGAAGCAGUUCCAGGAGAGUCGGGACCAUAUCGUAAUGCAGCAGCUGAAGAGGCACAAGGACAGCCUGGUGGCAGGGCAGUGGAAAGACAUGAUUGACUACAUGCUCCAGGGUGUGGAGAAGCAAAGAGAUGCCAGAGACCCAGGGCAGCUCCACGAGCGGCACGUGCAUAUGUCGGUGGUGGACCUUUUUGUCGGUGGCACGGAGACCACGGCUGCCACGCUCUCCUGGGCUGUGGCUUUCCUGCUUCACCACCCUGAGAUCCAGAAGCGGCUGCAGGAAGAAUUAGACCUCAAGCUGGGCCCCAGCUCCCAGCUCCUGUACAAGAACCGAAUGCAGCUACCUCUGCUCAUGGCCACCAUUGCUGAAGUGCUGCGUUUGCGGCCCGCGGUGCCCUUGGCCUUGCCCCAUCGUGCAACUAGGGCUAGCAGCAUCUCUGGCUAUGAUAUCCCCAAGGAUACGAUCAUCAUCCCCAACAUCCAAGGCGCCAACCUGGAUGAGAUGGUUUGGGAACUGCCCAGCAAGUUCUGGCCUGAUCGCUUCCUGGAAUCCGGCAAGAGUCCCAGAAUACCGACCUUUGGCUGUGGGGCACGCGUGUGCCUGGGCGAGCCUCUGGCGUGGCUGGAGCUCUUCGUGGUGCUGGCUCGCCUGCUCCAGACCUUCACGCUGCUGCCGCCACCAGAUGGUACCCUGCCCUCCCUGCAGCCCCUGCCGUAUACUGGCAUCAAUCUCUUAAUUCCUCCCUUCCAGGUGCGGCUGCAGCCCAGGAACCUGACACCCCAAGACCAGGGCCAGAAAUCCUCGACAGGAUAGGACAAGCCUUGUGCCUCAGUUUCUCCUUUAUUGCUCCAUUCCCCUCCCCUCCCCCCUGUAAACAUGGUGCUGUGAGACUGUGGCAGAGAAGGCUUCCUCGGUGAGCUAGGCACAGUAGAGACACACUGGCUCUUCUCUGGGCACAACCCCUCAGUGCUCGGCAGUCAUACCAGGGUGUGAGUGAGGUGGGCAGCAGGCUCAGGUGCCCCUGGUGGGGGCCUGGAAGUUUCUGGGUCUCAGCUUCAUUUCCGUGAAGGGCACCGAGAACUCGAAGCCCUUCCAGUGGUACCAGCUCACUCCCUGAGGGAAGGGUUGUCAAGGGAGGAGAGUCAAGACAACGCCACAUCUACGCCACCUUAUCCAUCCCAACCCUGGCUCCUCUAGGUGACUCCCAGGGUCCAGCCAUCUCCCCCCAUGAUCCCUGAAGUGAUGCCCUCUUCCGCCCACUAAUAAACGGUCUUUUCAAGAUUCCC